GCGGCCUGCCUGGAGGCGAGGUUUCGAGCCCUCGUCGGUUGCCUGCUGAGGGCAUACUCACACUACCGUCUUCCCCCGAAUACAACGCGCCCUCAUUAUGACUGCAUCGAACCGGAAAAGUCGCUUGUAUACAUUCCUGAUGAGGGUGCGUUGUGUUCGGGGGAGGAUGGGAAGACUUUUUGCUCUACUACGAUCUGAACGUGAUUGCGGUCAGAUUCAUCCAGAUCUUGCUGAUUUUACAGUCACACAGACGUUAGGAAAGUACUAGGGGGGUGAAUAUGCCCUGAGAACAAGCGAGAAGAGGACUCCUGUUUUUGUUGUUGUUGUCAACUUGUUGAGGGGAGAAAAGAUGGCGCCGAAGAAAGCUGGUCCGGGGGCGAAGGGCAAGACCCCUAAGGCUAGGGGGGGGAAAGUAGCAUCCCCAGCAGGGAGUGGGACAGUGGGGGGAGGCUCUAGUGUGGGAGGUUCAGGAGCAGGUGAUCUGAGCGAAGACAGACUGAGAUCUGCAAGAAGUGGGGGGGUUGGAUGGGACAGGAGAGAGUCCGGGGAAGGAGGGAGUAGCGGAGGCCCUUCUUCCCCCCUCAGUGAUCGGGAUAUCGGUUGGGCGCCCCCUGAACGUGAGAUCAUAGCUCCCAAGGAGCAACUGCAUCUAACCCCGGACGAGCUCUGCGAGGAAAUCACAAAGACUUUGACGGCCAAUAAUCCCAAUGCACCUAGGAACGUGGUGAGGUACCUGCACAACGAGAAAGGGUACAAGCUGGACCAAUUUGUGGACCAGCUGGGGAUGCAUUUCGCAAUGGACGGGUGGCUGAUGAACAAGGGGUCGGAGGAAGCAAAGAGACAGCUGGAGUUUGAGCGGAUAGAGGAGGAGAAGAAGGCGAUCAAGGCCAUAGAGGAGAGAAAGAAGAAAGAGGAGGAGGAGAGGGUGAAGUUGCUGGCCCUAGGGAUUCCCACCCCGGGUGCAGAGGGGUCGGAGCAACCGCCUGGAACCUCUGCAUCCCCGGAGGGGAUUGGCACCUCUGCACCGGAAUCCCCUGCGUCUCCCUCCUCUCCUAUCACUCUCACUCUCUCUCCUCGGCUACCUGGAGAGACUGAGCCUCCCAAGCGCCGGGGGAGCAUGGAAGAUGACUUCAAGACGCUCAGGAACGAGUUCAACUUCAGCGAGCGAGCCGCUCAAACAGUGAACAACAGCCUGCGCGAUAGGGGCAUUGAGACGGAGCCCCCUCAUCUGGCCGACGAAAACGCGUUGGCCACACAGUGGGUUAUAUUUGACAGCUACAUGGAGGACCAGGAGAGUCAGCGAGCACAGAGAGAGGUUCAGAAGAAGAGAGAGCUAGGGAAAUUAGCGGCAGCCGCGGCGGUAGAAGCGGGGGUAGCAGGAGAGGGGGGAGGAGGAGGCGGAGGAGGCGGAGGGAGUGGAGGACCUGGAGGGGCAGCAGGUUCUGCUGCGGGUGCUGCUGCUGCAGGAGUAGGUGCUGCAGCAGCAGGCAAACCGGACGAGCAUAAUCGGAUUGCUGCGAGCCCUGCGGGCCGAGAGGAGGUCUCUUCCGGGCGGAGAGACGAGCGGGACAGCUGCGUCCACGGUAAGACCAUGUAUAAGGCAGUCAGAGUGGUUGAGAGAAUGCUGAACCAAAACACGUAUGAAGAAAUUGCAGAAGAUUACAAGUACUGGGAGGAUGCCUCGGAUGCGUUCCGGGAAGGAGAGGGGACUCUACUUCCGCUCUGGAAGUUCUAUCACGAAAGAGGCAGUCGCAAGUGCGUGACGUCCAUCUGCUGGAACCCGGAGUACGUGGACCUGUUCGCCGUUGGCUACGGCAGCUUCUCGUUCACUCGACAAACACUUGGUGUCAUUUGCUGCUUCACUCUGAAGAAUCCGUCGUACCCAGAGUACGUCUUCACCACCGACUCUGGGGUGAUGAGCUUAGACUUUCAUCCACAGCAUUGUUCGCUGCUGGCGGUAGGAUUGUAUGACGGGAGCGUGGUGGUGUACGAUGUGCGGAACAAGCUCAACCGUCCAAUCUUCAAGUCCACAGUGAAGACGGGCAAGCACACGGACCCGGUCUGGCAAGUGCGCUGGCAGGAGGAAGACUUGACGAAGGCACUUAGCUUCUUCAGCGUCUCUAGCGAUGGCCGAGUGUCCUUAUGGACAAUGAGCAAGAGCGAACUGCAGCACCAAGAUGUCAUGGAACUUAAGCUCACAACUGACUGGAAGGCCCUGGAGGCCGAUGACGAUGCCACGCUGGGGAGCCUCGCUGGGGGGUGUUGUUUCGACUUCAACCGGACCACGGAUCAUCUGUUCAUCGUUGGCACGGAGGAAGGGACCAUCCACAAGUGUUCCAAGGCCUACAACUCUCAGUACCUUGAGACAUACAAGGGGCACAGCAUGGCAGUGCACAGUGUAGCAUGGAACUACUGGCAUCCGCGUGUCUUCCUCUCGGCCAGCUCAGACUGGACCGUCAAGCUGUGGGAGCACACCAAUCCCAAUCCGGUCCUGUCUUUCGACCUGAGCAACGCUGUUGGGGAUGUUGCUUGGGCCCCGUACUCAGUCACAACCUUUGCCGCCGUUACCAAUGACGGCAAGGUCCACGUUUUCGACCUGGCGGAGAACAAGCACGAACCCAUGUGCGAGCAGAAGAUCGUAAGGAAAGCCAAGCUGCUAAAGCUAGCGUUCAACCCCAAGCAUCCGAUCCUGUUAGUCGGAGAUGACAGAGGAGGGGUUACCUCCCUCAAACUCUCACCCAAUCUCAGGAAGAACGUGGUCCACAACGCGGUCCAGGGGAGUGUUCAGAAGGGGAUCGAGCGACUUAAUCACAUCAUGGAGGUGGCCCUGAAGGGCGAAGGACCUCUAUCAUACGGCCAAGACGGCCACGCAGCGGAGGCCGCCGCGGGGGAGGCUGGGGCAGGCCGUGUGGAUGGGUCCGAUGGGGUGCUCGCCGCUGUGCUAGAGACCCAUGCCCGCCUCGGGUGCUGGCAGGGGGAGGACUGCGGAGGGGCCAGCGAGGACGACAUCGAAGGUGCGGAGGGACCAUCCACGGGACGACAUCGGCGGCGAGGCCAAGGACUGCGAAUCUCGGAGUACGCUGUGCGUAGGAAGGGGGGGGGGGGUUGUGGGACAAUGACGGGUGGUGCGGGGCCCAGCGGUGAGGGGACUGGCGGUGCACGGGGGACUGCGGGUAGGGGAUUCGUCCCGCAAUCUGAUAGGGAGAUGGCGCGGUUGAGGCGGGGCAACUCGAUUUGGAACUUCGUCACGGCGGGGGAACUUGUCGGGGACCAGUCGAAGAUGCAUGGGGACAGGAAGUUGCGUUGCAACUUUUGCAACCAUGUGUGGCAGGGGAAUGAGACGAAGGCGGCUCGCCAUUUCACGCAGCCAAAGUACUGCAAGAUUGCGGGGAUGAGAGUUCUCGUGGACAUAUGGAACAACACGGGGUACAUGUUCGUGGACAAAACUGCUCAGCGGGUCCAGAGGUGGAUGGCAGACGAGGGGAUUCGGGAUACGAGAUCGACCACGGGUGGGCAACGGCCACGGGCAGACGAGGCAGAGAGGGACGAGAUGCAGGACUUCCUUGAUGCGCAGGAGGGGGCGAGGGCAGGGUCGGCGAGACAGGCUUGCGAGACGAGGCAGCUGGACGCUGCGAGCCCAAUCUGCCUGGGGAGGAGGUAGUGAUGACAUCGAGAGCGGAUGGCCCGGCGGGACGCGGUGCGAGGGCGU